GACAAACGACGAAGCUUUGAGAUUUACAGAAAUCUUGGUAAUUCUCGCUUCCCCGCCUAAUUUUCUUUGGUUUUCGACCUGAUACUACAUUCAGAAUCCUGCAAGUUGGUUCAAAAGUAUGAUUUCUUCAAAGUAUGCAUUUGGUUGUCAUGCUCAUGUUGUGAAUCAAAUCUUGGCUGCAAUCAUCCAAAACCGUCCAUUUGACUCGCAUCUUGCUAAUUCAUCCUCGUUAAGCCAUCAGUUUUCAAACCAACCAUGGGCAACCAAACUGAUCACUGAGGUCCUAAGAUCCAUACCGAGAUACUUCUUCCAAUCCACAAGAUCCAUUGGCUGUCAAAGUGGCUCCAGACGCCGAGCUCCUCUCAAACAAAGAAACCUUCAUGAGGAAUCAAUUAAAAUUCACAAAGGCGUGAUUAUUCUUGGCCCAGGUGCUUACAGAGACCCACAAAAAGUAAGGUUAGGAUUGGACAAAGCUCUUGAGUUUUAUUACUGGGUUGAGUCUGAAUUUGGGUUCGAUCAUAAUGAAAGGACUUGUAGAGAGAUGGGUAUUGUUUUGGCUAAAGGAAAUAGAUUGGAAGUUCUUUGGAACUUUCUAAAGCAUAUGACAAGAAGAAGUAGUGGUGGGCUAGUUACAACCGAGACCAUGACCUGUUUGAUAAAAGUUCUAGGAGAAGAGGGGCUGGUAAAUGAAGCAUUGGCUGCGUUCUACAGGAUGAAGCAAUUUCACUGUAGACCGGAUGUUUACUCAUAUAAUACAGUAAUUUCUGCGUUAUGCAAAGUUGGCAACUUUAAAAAAGCUAAGUUUUUGUUCGAGCAAAUGGAGUUGCCGGGAUUUAGGUGCCCACCUGAUACUUUUACUUAUACAAUUUUGAUUAGUUCUUAUUGUAAACAUAGCCUACAGACUGGGUGUAGGAAGGCCAUCAGGAGGAGAAUGUGGGAAGCUAACCACUUAUUUCGGAUCAUGUUGUUUAAGGGUUUUAUGCCAGAUGUUGUAACAUAUAAUUGUUUGAUUGAUGGCUGUUGCAAGACUUACAGAAUUGAGAGGGCUCUAGAAUUGUUUGAUGAUAUGGUUGAACGGGGUUGCUUCCCUAAUCGUGUUACCUAUAAUUCAUUCAUAAGAUACUAUUGUUCGACUAACGAGAUUGAUAAGGCUAUUAAGAUGUUGCGAAGGAUGCAAGAAUUAAAUCACGGAUUACCCACUACGAGUUCCUAUACCCCUAUUAUCCAUGCCUUUUGUGAGGCGGGGAAGGCAUUAGAGGCAUGGGAUAUUCUUGUUGAAUUGGUUGAUAAAGGGUCAAUACCGAGAGAAUAUACUUAUAAGUUAGUCCAUGGAAUGCUAAAAUCAGUAGGGAAAAGGGAUUUAUUAGAUGAUGAACUUUGUGAGAAAAUUGAGGAGGGUAUCAAGAAUAGAUAUAAGCAAGUAAUGAAAGUGAAACCCAUUAUGUAUGUGAAACCUCAAUUUACUAUGGGUGAUCAUAACUGUGAUUUGGAGUAACAGGAAGUUCUCUUAAAGCCUGUUUGUUAGCAACUUAA